AUGCAAGCCAUUUUUGGCUUUCAGGAUGUUUCAGAAGUUAUAGAAAAAGGACUGUCUGAGUUGAGUGUAAAGGCCAUUGAAGAGAAAAAAAGAAAUUACAAAAUUUUAAAGAUCUUUAACAAGAUCUCCAAGGCUACCACUACUAAAGAGAUAUGGGACAUCCUGGUGAAGACAUAUGGUGAUGGAGACAAAAACAAGAAGGUAAAAUUGCAGACUUUGAGGAGGCAAUUUGAAGUGCUGACAAUGGAUGAAGGGGAAACUAUGGCAAAGUACUUUGACAAGGUGCAGGAGUUGAAAUUAGGCCAUUGUGCAAAGGAGUACUGGAAGGGAGAAGUAGAAAAAAAUAAACCUAAGAAGAGGGCUAAUCUGGCUCAGGAGGAAGAAUCCGAUUCAGAAGCAGUAAUGCUGAUGGCCAGCACUGAUGAAGAAAAACCAGAAAAUACUGUGUGGAGAAAGGGGGAGGUGCUACAGGUGUUUCAGAAAUUCAAGUGUCUUGUUGAGAGACACUGUGGGAAGAAAAUUAAAGUGUUGAGAACAGAUGGAGGAGCAGAGUAUACCUCCACUAAGUUUAAAGAUUUCUGUGAAAAGGAGGGGAUAGGAGAGGUUGUACUGACAGCCACCUAUAUCCUAAAUAUGUCUCCAACAAAGAGACUGGAUGUCAUCACACCUGAAGAAGCUUGGACAAGGGUAAAACUAGAUGUUAAGCAUUUGAAAAUAUUUGGCUCUAUAUGCUAUAAACAUGUGCCUGACCAGUUGAGAAAGAAGCUAGAUGAUAAAGGAGUGUCUCUGAUUUUGGCGGGAUAUAAUGAUACUAGAGGAUACAAGUUGUAUGAUCCUAUAUCAGGAACAACCUAUGAACCUACAGUAGUAGAGUCAGAUGUGUGUAGGAGGGAUGAUAGUGUUAGAAGGUCAUCCAGGAUUACUCAACUGCUAACACAUCUGAGAGAUUAUGACCUGUCUUAUGAUGCAACAAUUACAUCAGAAGGUAAUUUCAUUCAUUAUGCUUUAAUAACAUACGCUGAACCUGUUGAAUUUGACCAGGCUAUAAGAGAUGAAAGGUGGUAUAAGGCUAUGCAGGAAAAGAUAGACUCCAUUGAGAAGAACCAAACAUGGAUAUUGACAGAGUUGCCUCCCAACAAGAAGCCAAUAGCACUGAAGUGGAUUUAUAAGUCAAAGAUAAAUCCACAAGGUGUUGUGAUUAGGCACAAGGCCAGAUUGGUGGCCAAAGGAUUCCUACAACAAGCUGGAAAAGACUACGAAGAAGUUUUUGCACCUAUGGCUAGAAUAGAGACAAUCAGAUUGGCUCUAAGUCCCUGGAAUCAAAGGAUAGAUGGGUUUAAGAGCAACAUUGGGUUUGAGAAAUGUGUCUCUGAACAUGGGUUGUAUGUACAGUGUUGUCAACACAAUGACAAAGCAGAAAAGUUGAUAGUUUGCUUAUAUAUGGAUGACCUGUUAAUCACAAAAAGCAGUGAGGAGAAAAUCUCUGAUUUCAAAAUCCAAAUGUUAAAGGAAUUUGAAAUAAGUGAUUUGGGAAGGUUGAGCUAUUUUCUUGGGAUUGAGUUUACUAAGACUGAUGGUGGAAAUGUGAUGCAUCAGUCAAGAUAUGCAUUGGACAUGUCAAAGAGAUUUGACAUGCUCAAUUGA